AUGAGUAUCUAUUCCAAUCAUUUUUGGUUUGUUUGUUUGUUUCUCUCUUUCUUCCUUUCGUUCUUUCUUUCUUUUGCUCUUUCUUUCUUUCUUUCUUUCUUUCUUUCUUUCUUUCUUUCUUUCUUUCUUACAUUUUUGUUCUUUCUUUCUCAAUUCAUUCGUUUUGUUUGCUUGUUUAUUUAUUUCUUUUACUGCAUUUUUCUUUCUUCCGCUUAUUCUGUCUUUCUCUCUUACUUUCUUUCUUGCUUUCGCUCAUUAUUUCUUCUUCUCUUUCUUUCUUUCUCUCUCUCUUUCUUUCUCUUUUUCUUUCUCUCUUUCUUUCGCUCAUUAUUUCUUCUUGGCUCCUUCAAGUUUAGCUUUUUUUCCUUCUUUCUUUUUGUUAUGCUGAAUUCACUCUUUUUGUUUGCAUUUUUUCUUUCUUUUCUCUCUAUCUCUUUCUUUCUUUUUCUCUUUCUUUCUAUCUUUCUAUCUUUCUCACUUUUUCACUUUCUUUCACUCUUUCUUCCUUUUGCUCUUCCUUUCGCUCUUUCUCUCUCUCUAUUUCUCUCUCUUUCUUUCUCUCUCUUUUUUUUUCUUUUUCUCUUUCUUUUUCCUUGUUUUUUUCUUCUUUUUAUUUGCUCUUUUUGUUUGUUUGUUUCUCUCUUUUUCGCUUUUUCUUUUUUCUUUCUUUCGUUCGUUCUUUCUUUCUUUCUUUCUUUCUUUCUUUCUUUCUUUCUUUCCCUUUCUUUCUUUCUUUCUUUCUCUCCCUCCUUUCUUUCUUUCUUUCUUUCUUUCUUUCUUUCUUUCUUUCUUUCUUUCUUUCUUUAA